UCUCUCGCUCUCUCCCUCUCUUCCUCCUCCGCCUCCUCAGCUCUUGGGCUAGAAUAUAUAUGGGUGGAAACGUGAUGCGAUGAAUCCGAGAGAGACCGAAACUGGGACGGAGAGCGCAGCGGAAGCGGCGGGACUCCUGAGCAUGGGGGCUUCACCACAAUAGAGGCAGCGCCCCCACCCGCCCCCGCCAGCCCCUCUGGAGCGAACCUCCCCCCAAACCCCCUCGGGAAAAGGAUGGCGGCGGCACCUACCCAGAUCGAAGCCGAGCUGUAUUACCUGAUCGCUAGGUUCUUGCAGUCCGGACCCUGCAACAAAUCAGCUCAGGUGCUAGUGCAGGAGCUCGAGGAACAUCAGCUGAUUCCGCGCCGCUUAGAUUGGGAGGGGAAAGAACACCGAAGAAGCUUCGAGGAUCUGGUGGCAGCCAAUGCACACAUCCCUCCAGACUACCUCCUUAAAAUUUGUGAGCGGAUUGGUCCCUUACUAGAUAAGGAGAUUCCUCAGAGUGUUCCUGGGGUACAGACAUUACUAGGUGUUGGUCGGCAGUCUCUGUUACGGGAUGCCAAAGAUUGUAAGAGUACGCUAUGGAAUGGGUCUGCUUUUGCAGCUCUACAUAGAGGCAGACCUCCAGAACUACCUAUAAAUUAUGUGAAACCUCCAAAUGUGGUGAAUAUCACCUCUGCCAGGCAAUUAACUGGAUGUAGUCGCUUCAGCCAUAUUUUUCCAUCAUCUGCCUAUCAGCACAUUAAGAUGCAUAAGAGAAUUCUGGGGCAUUUGUCAUCUGUCUACUGUGUAGCAUUUGACAGAAGUGGGAGAAGAAUUUUUACAGGUUCAGAUGACUGUUUGGUAAAAAUUUGGGCUACAGAUGAUGGACGCCUCCUUGCUACACUUCGAGGGCACUCUGCUGAAAUUUCGGACAUGGCUGUUAACUAUGAAAACACUCUUAUUGCUGCAGGCAGCUGUGAUAAGGUUGUAAGAGUAUGGUGUCUUCGAACUUGUGCACCAGUUGCAGUCCUUCAGGGACAUUCAGCUUCUAUUACUUCCAUACAGUUUUGUCCAUCAACAAAAGGCACAACCAGAUACCUCACUUCUACUGGUGCUGAUGGAACAAUCUGUUUCUGGCAAUGGCAUGUAAAAACAAUGAAGUUUAGAGAUCGUCCAGUGAAAUUUACUGAGAGAUCCAGACCUGGAGUUCAGAUAUCCUGUUCAUCUUUCAGUUCUGGUGGUAUGUUCAUCACAACAGGUAGCACUGAUCACGUGAUUAGACUGUAUUAUUUGGGUUCUGAGAUUCCUGAGAAAAUUGCUGAAUUAGAAUCACAUACGGAUAAAGUUGUUGCUGUUCAGUUCUGUAACAACGGAGACAGUUUACGGUUUGUUAGUGGAAGUAGAGAUGGAACAGCAAGAAUAUGGCAAUAUCAGCAACAAGAAUGGAAGAGUAUAGUGCUAGAUAUGGCUACUAAAAUGACUGGGAAUAAUUUGCCAUCUGGAGAAGAUAAGGUCACUAAACUUAAGGUGACUAUGGUAGCAUGGGAUCGUUAUGAUACCACAGUUACUACAGCAGUGAACAAUUUCCUUUUGAAAGUAUGGAAUUCUAUCACAGGGCAGCUUCUUCAUACUUUAUCUGGGCAUGAUGAUGAAGUAUUUGUUUUGGAAGCACAUCCAUUUGAUCAAAGAAUCAUUCUUUCAGCGGGUCAUGAUGGGAACAUUUUUAUUUGGGACCUUGACCGAGGGACCAAAAUUCGGAAUUACUUUAACAUGAUUGAAGGCCAAGGUCAUGGUGCAGUGUUUGACUGUAAAUUUUCGCCAGAUGGAAACCAUUUUGCCUGUACAGAUUCUCAUGGGCAUUUGUUACUUUUUGGUUUUGGAUGCAGUAAAUAUUAUGAAAAGAUUCCAGAUCAGAUGUUCUUCCACACGGAUUAUCGACCUCUUAUCCGUGAUGCCAAUAACUAUGUGUUGGAUGAACAAACCCAACAAGCUCCUCACCUCAUGCCCCCCCCAUUUUUGGUGGACGUAGAUGGAAAUCCUCAUCCUACAAAAUUCCAGCGGCUUGUUCCAGGACGGGAAAAUUGUAAAGAUGAGCAACUUAUACCACAGCUGGGAUAUAUAGCUAACGGUGAUGGUGAGGUGGUAGAACAGGUAAUUGGGCAGCAAACUAAUGACCAAGAUGAGAGCAUUCUUGAUGGAAUAAUCAGAGAGCUACAGAGAGAACAAGAUAUGAGACUAAUUAAUGAAGGAGAUGUUCCACAUUUUCCAAUCAAUAGAUCAUACUCUGUUAGUGGUGCUCUGAGAAGUCCAAAUAUGGACAUACCGUCUUCCCCUAACAUUGGUCUCCGACGUAGUGGUCAAAUUGAAGGUGUUCGACAAAUGCAUAAUAAUGCCCCUCGGAGCCAGAUGGCCACAGAAAGAGAUCUCAUGGCAUGGAGCAGAAGAGUGGUGGUCAAUGAACUAAAUAAUGGAAUUAGUAGGGUGCAGGAAGAAUGUCGAAUUGCAAAAGGUGAUGUAGAAAUCAGUCUUUAUACACUUGAAAAGAAAAAAAAGCCAUCUUAUACUACCCAAAGGAAUGAUUAUCAGCCAAGCUGUGGGCGUUCUUUACGAAAAACACAGCAUAAGCGUCAGCAUACUUAUCAAACUCGCUCCAACAUAGAGCAUAAUUCACAAACAUCAUGCCAAAAUUCAGGUGUACAGGAAAAUUCGGAGAGCUCCUCAGAGGAAGAUGAAACUGUUGGCACAAGUGAUGCUUCUGCAGAUGAUCCUGUUAUUGAAUGGCAAAGUGAAAGUUCUUCCAGUGAUUCUUCAAGUGAAUAUUCUGAUUGGACAGCAGAUGCUGGAAUAAAUUUGCAACCUCCAAAAAGACAAACCAGACAGGCAACACGGAAAAUAUGCAGUAGCUCUGAGGAGGAGAAUUUGAAGUCACUAGACGAAAGGCAAAAGAAACCCAAACAGACUAGAAAGAAGAAAGGAGGACUGGUGUCUAUGGCAGGUGAGCCCAGUGAAGAGUGGUUUGCCCCUCAGUGGAUCUUGGAUACCAUACCUCGACGUUCCCCAUUUGUCCCACAAAUGGGAGAUGAGCUUAUCUAUUUUAGGCAAGGUCAUGAAGCUUAUGUGCGGGCUGUAAGAAAAUCAAAAAUAUACAGUGUUAAUAUACAAAAACAGCCAUGGAACAAAAUGGAUCUCAGGGAACAAGAAUUUGUUAAGAUUGUAGGAAUCAAAUAUGAGGUUGGACCACCUACACUAUGCUGCUUGAAGCUUGCAUUUUUGGACCCCAUUUCAGGCAAAAUGACUGGAGAAUCUUUUUCUAUUAAGUAUCAUGACAUGCCAGAUGUAAUUGACUUCCUUGUGCUACAUCAGUUUUAUAAUGAAGCCAAAGAAAGGAACUGGCAGAUUGGUGAUAGAUUUCGCAGUAUAAUAGAUGACGCUUGGUGGUUUGGGACUGUGGAGAGUCAGCAGCCUUUUCAACCAGAGUAUCCUGAUAGUUCUUUCCAGUGUUACAGUGUUCACUGGGACAAUAAUGAGAGAGAAAAAAUGAGCCCCUGGGAUAUGGAGCCAAUUCCAGAAGGAACUGCCUUUCCAGAUGAAGUUGGUGCUGGUGUUCCUGUGUCCCAGGAGGAACUGACUUCUUUGCUAUACAAACCCCAGGAAGGAGAGUGGGGGGCUCAUUCCAGAGAUGAGGAAUGUGAACGGGUUAUUCAGGGCAUCAACCACCUUCUUUCCCUGGAUUUUGCCAGCCCUUUUGCUGUUCCAGUGGAUCUCAGUGCCUACCCCUUGUAUUGUACUGUAAUCGCUUAUCCAACUGACCUCAACACCAUCAGGAGGAGACUUGAAAACCGCUUUUACAGGAGAAUAUCAGCAUUAAUGUGGGAGGUACGCUACAUUGAGCAUAAUGCCAGGACUUUUAACGAGCCAGACAGCCCUAUAGUUAAAGCAGCAAAAAUUGUAACUGAUGUCUUACUCCGAUUUAUUGGGGAUCAGAGCUGUACUGAUAUACUAGAUACUUAUAAUAAAAUUAAAGCAGAAGAACUAAACAGUACUGAUGCAGAGGAGGAUACAGAAAUGGUUGAUUUAGAUUCAGAUGGUCCUGGUACUUCAUCUGGAAGAAGAGUCAAAUGCCGAGGAAGAAGACAGUCUUUAAAGUAUAAUCCCGAUGCUUGGAGAAAACAAUGCAAAGAACUGUUGAGCCUCAUUUAUGAACGUGAAGACUCAGAGCCAUUUCGACAGCCAGUUGAUCCUCUUUCUUACUCAGGCCAUCAAGAGCAAGAAGGGGAAUCCUCAGAGUCAGUUUUUGCAGAAAGACAACAAGAUCUAUCUCCUCCUGAGGAUUAUCAAGAUGUUAUAGACACUCCUAUGGACUUCAGCACUGUGAAAGAAACUUUGGAAGCAGGAAACUAUGGUAGUCCUCUGGAAUUUUAUAAGGAUGUCCGCCAAAUAUUCAGCAACUCCAAAGCUUAUACCUCUAAUAAAAAGUCAAGGAUCUAUAGCAUGACACUGAGAUUAUCUGCCUUAUUUGAUAGUCACAUUAAAAAUAUCAUCUCUGAAUAUAAGUCAGCAGUGCAGAGUCAGAAGAGGAGAAGACCACGGUACAGAAAACGUCUAAGAAGCAGCAGCAGUUCAUUAUCCAGCAGCCGAGCUCCUAGUCCAAAAGGGAAACAGAAACAAAUGAAGUUACAGCCUAAAAAUGACCAGAAUACCUCAGUGUCUUAUGCCAGGACUAGCUCUCCUUUUUCGUCUCCUGUUUCAGAUGCUGCUGAAGGGUUUUCGCUCUAUCUUCUUGAUGAUGAACUGGAUGGGCCAUUUUGUUCCUCAAGCUUCAGUGGAUAUGGCCGAAGUGGAAAUAGCCAUGACCCAGGGAAAGCCAAGUCAUUCCGGAAUAGAGUUUUGCCUGUUAAACAAGAUCACUCUCUUAAUGGACCUCUUACAAAUGGUGAUGGCAGAGAGCCCCGGACAGGAAUCAAGAGAAAACUACUUAGUGCAUCAGAAGAAGAUGAAAGCAUGGGAGGAGAAAAGAAAGAGAAAAAAGAAACAAAAGAGAAAUCCCAUUUAUCCUCCUCGGAGAGUGGAGAGUUAGGAUCAAGUUUAAGUUCUGAAAGUACCUGUGGCUCUGAUUCUGACUCUGAAUCAACUUCCAGAACAGAUCAAGAUUAUGUAGAUGGAGACCAUGACUAUAGCAAAUUUAUACAAACCAGGCCUAAAAGAAAACUCAGAAAGCAAUAUGCCAAUGGGAAAAGAAACUGGAAGACAAGAGGCACAGGAGGAAGGGGCAGAUGGGGAAGGUGGGGUAGAUGGAGUAGAGGAGGCAGAGGAAGAGGAGGCAGGGGUCGUGGGGGUCGAGGAAGAGGUGGAGGUGGUAUUAGGGGGAGAGGGAGAGGAAGAGGUGGAAGAGGUGCUUCUAGAGGAGCUACCAGAGCCAAACGAGCACGUAUUGCAGAAGACGAAUUUGAUACCAUGUUUUCUGGACGUUUCAGUAGACUGCCUCGAAUUAAGACAAGAAAUCAAGGCAGGAGGACUGUUUUAUAUAAUGAUGAUUCUGACAAUGACAAUUUUGUGUCCACCGAGGAUCCUCUGAAUCUUGGUACAUCCAGAUCAGGCAGAGUGCGUAAAAUGACAGAAAAAGCCAGGGUUAGCCAUCUUAUGGGAUGGAAUUAUUAACAGUUAAUAAAUUUAGAAUAACUUAAAAAAUUCAAUGGCCUUCUACUGCAGGGAAUUUACCAGGAAAUCUACAAAGCAAGUUGUGUGGGGACUUCUGCUUCCUUUCACAUUGGUGCUUUUCCAUUUACGCCAGUAUAUGUUUGUUUCAAGACUUUUGAUCUCCACACUUCAUUUGUUCUAACAAGCCUUACUCAUUAGGCCUUAAAUUAAAAGAAAUUCUGCCCCCCCCCACACACAUGAACACACAAACAUGCACACACACUACAGAUUUACUACAUUAAAGGAGCAUUCAGCUUCUUAAGACUAGCAUGACAUUUUUAUCUCAAUAGAAUAUCCCUCUUUUGAUUUUGUAUCACAGACUUUUAGCACCUUCUUAUAGAAUUUUAUAUAGUUUGUUUUUGCCAUUUUGAUUCCUAUACCCAGUAAUAAUAACUUUUGCACAAUACACCAAUCCUAAAGGCAGCUAUUAAAUGUUUACAGUUUCUAUAUUGUAAGAACGAUCGGAUUAUUUUACUCUUCCCAGGCCAAACUUUCAUGAAUUGUACUGAACUGAAGUAUAUAUUUAUACUACAGUUUUUUGGGGGUGGGGGACCUUGAUAUUCUUUUCAUUGAUUUGCUUAAUUCAUAUUAAAGGUAAGAAAGGGUUGGUGCCUUGUAAAUACGUAGCAAAUCUCUGUGGUGUGUCCUGAUGUGUGCAUUAACUUUAUUAAAAAAGAAUACUUGAGGUAUCAAUAUAGACAAGGUGCCAAAUGCAAAAGUUUCUUGCAUCCAUUUUCUUUUUCCUAUUAUAUUUUAUUACAUUAGUAGAACUUGUGUAGCUUAAAGAAUAACUUAAACAUUUGAAAAAUCCUCAUCCACAAAGAAUGACUUUGAACUGUAGCUCAGCUACCUCUUAACUACAACUACUGGAAACAUUAAAGAAAAUAGAUGAUGUUAUUCAUUACUGACUAAGAAAUAGAGCAAGCUUAGUAGGAGUGCAUACUCAUAAGUUAUAAGCUGAGAGGUUAAUAAUUAUUGGCUCUCAAAUUAUAGUUUUAAUUAACGAAUUUUCAUAAAUAUAGUAUGCUCUACCUUAGGCUUUCUUAUAACGUAUUUGUGUAAUUAGACUUGGGCUACUGCUUGUAUUUCUGCUACCACUUACUAUUUAACAGCUAUGAGUUACUGGUUUUAUUUGAAUCUUAAAACAUCUAGUUUAAGUUGGAUUGUUUUGGCUAGCCUAGUAUAUUGAGUCAACUUUAAUAGGUUCUUCUCACAUCAUUCCAAAGGGUUCUUCUGUUUUAGUCUUUCAGAAAAGAACCUUAUUGCACUGCACACUGAUAUUUUGAAUCAUUUUGUAGAUGGAAAUAAUCUUUAACAACUCUGAAUGGUCUUGUUUACAGUAGAGUGCACAUAGUUCCGUAAGUGAGCUUGAGUUCCAAGAUCAAUUUUACUCCUCAAAUUUGAGAUUGCAGAUUUGCUAAUUUGUUAGAUACUUAGAUUUUUGUGCGAGGGAUAAUAUUGGUCUCUGUUUUCAGCAAAUUUGUUGCACUUAAAUCAGACUUGUGGGAUGAAACAGACUUCUUAAUGUAUACCUAGUUAUCCCAGGAUAUUUCUUAAUGUGUUUUUUCAUGCUUCCAAUCAUUUCAUGCAUCUGAAAAUCCUUAAGUACAGAGGAAGGAGUACACACAUAACUUUGCUUUUGUGGUAGGAUCAGGGGUGGAGGUUAUUCUUGGACUAACAUCUUUAAGCAGUUUCACUUGCAGUAGAAAUGAUGUUCAGGCUUUAAGAAAGUAUUGUUGAAAAUUGUUAAUGGCACUAACUUCUGUUACUAGACAAUAGACCGAGCUGAUAUUUUUUGUUAUAGUCUUUUUUUCCACUAAACCAAAACUACUGGUUGUAACUCACCUGCCACUUUUAACUACAGUAUAGAUUCAGAAUGUUUCUAGUUGAAAUUAUAUUUGAUUUUUACCAAAAUGUACUAUUUUAGUUAUUCACCUCUUGGGCAUUUAGACUAAAACUGUGCCUGUGUUUUCCUAAAACCAAUAACACUUUGGCCUACCCUAAUCAGAGUAAUGUAGUUACUUAAAUUCCUGGAUAUACCCAAAUGCGGAUCACGUGUGUCUUUUUAGUGUGAAUUUUUUGUUGACAUUCUUCUAUAAAGAGCUGACCUCCUAAAAUGUAGAAGAAUUGCCAUUUGUGUGAUUUUAGCUUUCUGGAGUUUUAUUUAUAAUUUAUUUUGAAAAAUAAGAAUGCCACAUUUAUUCCCCAAAUGUCAAGAUUUUCUAGGUUUAGAUGAUUAGAAUAAAAAGGCUGAAGACAUUUUAAAGCAUAUUUUAUAUGUAGUGAAAUACUGUGAAAAUACUAGUGAACAGCAUUUUGCUGUAAUGUUGAUUUAGUUACCAGGGUAUGUUAGAUGAGCAUAGUUAUCAUUUAUUACAAAACAAACAGAUAAUGUUCUGUUUGCAUGCAAAUUAUUUUACUAUGUAUGAAAAUAAAAGUUUGGAAGGUAAUAUUUUUACUUUUAUACCUGGAUUUUUAUUUCCCAAUUCAUACAUUGCCUUUUUUUUUUUUUUGUUAUAUCAUCUCUUGUGAAUGUGUUGUAAUUUGUAUCACAUUGAAUAUUUAACUAUUUUAAUUGUUCAAGGCCCUUUAAACCUAAAUAAUAUCUGGGUUUAGCCAGUGCAAAGCAAGUUGGAAAUAAGCUAAAAAUUUUGAAGAAAAGUCUAAAUCUUAAAUAAGUUGCUAAGUAAAACCACUGUUAUAUUUAGGUCCUUGAGAGCAUACACAUGUAUAAGCCUAAUCCUAUGCUAUAUAUGAAUAAUCAGUGAGCUGUGAUAUUUCUCAUAGAUGCUAAUAAUGUUUAAAUUCCCAGCUUUAAGAUCUUAGCAUGUGCACAUAUUGAUGAAACCUGAAUUAUGUAUUUUCGUCUAUGGCUUGCUGUGUAUAUCUCUUCCAGCAAUAGGAUGCUCUCCCAAACAUUCACUAGCUUAUUAGUCUAAUGAAUGACUUUGUUUUUAUAUAUACAUAUAUAUAUGUAUAUGCACUUGUGUGUAUGUAGUUUUCUUCCCCCUAACUUGACAUAUUUUAUCUCAAACAUAAAGAAGGAUAUUUUAUAUGGAGGAAACGGUUAUCAACUCUUUGCCUCUCUCUGGCCCUUAACCUGUAUAUGUACUACAUUAUUUUCCAUUUCAUUAUGCCUUCGAAAUAACCAAUCCAAGUAUUUUCAUGUACCUGUGUUCCUAUUUUCUUCUUUUGUUUGUCCUUCUUUUUUUUUUUUUUCUGUUUCCCUCACCAGAGAUCAGGAUUGUGAUACAAUUCUUCCCUACAGCACUUUGUUUCACCCAGAGUCAAAGAAAAUGAGUAAAAUACAUAAAUUUCAUUCUAUAGAACUGUGUGUUUAGAUGUCUAACCCAUACUUCAAUGCUUUGAGGUACAUUUAAGUGAUUUUUCUUUUUGUUAUUUUAAUACCAUAGAUUGUCAUCAGACAAUAACAGAGUGAAAGAGAAAGAUGUGAAUGCCACUUCUAAGUUCUUUAUAAAACUUUUUUGAGCACUUUUCAAAGUUUGUAUGUUUCUGGUAAUGGUAAACACCUUAUUACUCAGUUUCAGUUUAUAUAUCUUAGGAAUCAUUUUAUACGCAUUUACCAACUGGUCCUUACCUUCAAAGUUAGAAUUUUUAUGUCCAUGAAGAGGAGACUUGCAUCAAGUAUAAUUUUUAGUAUACUUUGAGUUUCACCCUUUUAAACAAUUAUAACAUUUUGAGUUCUGAAAUGAAUAGUUUAGUGUUUUCGGAAAAGAGAUGGUACUUUUGACAUUUAAAUCCCCAACGUUUUUGUAGUAUAUAAGGCUUUAUAAAAAUUUUAUUGAAAAUAGACUAUUUGGAGGUCACUUUUAAGGCUUGUUUUAAAAAUUAGUGUGAAAAUAUUUCCAUGCUUUUUUACUUUUCACCUCUUGGCAAAUUUUCUUUCUCAAAUUUUGAUUACCAAAUUUACCAAGUUUUGAUUAAGUUUCAAUAUAAAGUUAAAAUGUUUUAUGGUGUUGUAUUUUGUGGAAUAUGGAUAAUACUCAAGUUUCCUGAUAUUAAUUUCUUUUUAAUAUUUAUUUCUUAUAUAGCCUUAUCCUUAUUUUCUUUUUCAUCUUUCCUGCUUACUUUUAUCUUCACUUAUCUUUCUCCAAUGAAGAAUGUAAUUUACCGCACUUCAACAAGACUGGGAAUUUCUGAUUCAUUGAUGAGAGAAGUGUAUAAAGGCCCUCGAGUUUAGAGUUAAGAUGUAUUCAUUUAUUUAUAUGUAUGCCCAUUUAGUAUGUCUAAAAUUCUAGAAUAUGAGAUUUGACAUAUAAAAGCAUGAUAAAUAUUUUCUAAAAAAAUAAAACUAUUGAAUACAUUCUGAAACUGCCAUUGGUAAUUGGCUUUUAAAAUAGCACACAGAAUUAUUUAGAAAUCCAGUUGGGAAAUGUGUUUUUACAUACGUCACCAGGUACACACUAGACAGUACUACAAAUGUUAAUUCUUUAAAUAAUAAUUGUGGUGAUGGCAAUCAGUAAUUUAUUUUUUUGUCCUGUAACUUAUCAUCCUUGUCUUCUGUAAUCCCUUAUACAGUAUUAACAAAACUGUACCUUAUGUUUGUUCUUGGUAUCCAUAAUUUUUAAGAUGGAAAAUCAUUAAUAGUUGAUGUGAUGUUGUAUUGGGCAAAAUGUCCAUUAAACUAAAAUUCAGUAAAGAAAGGUAAACUAAACUUGCUUGGUUUAUAAGAGAUGUUUUGUUUGGCAGUUGUCAUUAUAAGCAAUUAUUUUCAAAGACAAAAAACUGGACUAAGUUGUUGCCAUUCUUUAUGGGAUGUUUACAAUAAAAUUCCAAGUUGUUUGGAA